CUAUACAUAGCUUUUUUUGUUUAGACAUGGCCGACUUAUUUCUUGAAGCCAACUUAUCUAUCUAGUAAUGUGCAACUAGGUCUACUAAUAUAACGCAUCAUAUGAAUAAUAUAUUCUAAAUUAAAAUAUUCGGUUACUUAUAGAUCUAUAGAGUCUAGACUUUAUCUAUUUAGAUCAAAAUAUAGAUCUAUUCUACAUCUAAAAAUGUCACACAUGAUAAGUAACUCCACUGUUGAAGCUGCAACAGCAUCACUUGUUCGCGAAUAUUUGAGUAGAAAAGGCCUGAAGGCAACCCUUGAAAAGAUGGAUAUAGAAUACCCCAGAGAUGAUCUUAGUAUAAAUAACAGACAACUGUUAAUGAAGCAUGUUCAUCUGGAAAAAAUAAUGAAGAAAAAUAAGGAAGAGAAUGAGCCAUUGAAAUCUAUGCUGGAAGUUAUGACUAAAAACUUCAUGGCUGAUAGGCUUAACACAGAUAACAACAGUUUAAGGAGAGAAAGUUUAGAUAAUUUGAUAAGUUCUCCUCCCAACCUACAAACUUCCAAAACAAAUCUUGCAUCUAAUGAUUUGAUAGUGGAUGAUGACAUUGAAGGUGAAUGUCUAACUGGCGCUGGCAAAGCAGGGCUGUUCAAUGUUGAUGAUAUUUUAUCCCCACCUUUACUUAAUACAAAAAAAAUAUCCAGCAAGAAGUUGGAGAGAAUUACACCAAACAACACCAAUGUAAAUAUGCCUUCAAGAAAUAACUUGCAUAUGUCAAAGCCUACUAGAUUGUCAGUUUCACAACAGGAACAACUCAGGAAAGAGAAACUAGAGAACAUUGAAGGACCAAAAACUCCACAGUUACCAGUAUCAUUCAAUGAAAAAAAGGACUUGCAACAAGACGAGUUAUCCUCAGAUCCCCUCAGGCCCAUGACUAGAGACAAUAUCAGAAGAAAAGAUAACCCAGUCUCAUUUGAAGCCUUGCUAAUGAAAGGGGAAGAACGAGCUAACUCCAUCAAACAGAUGGGGCUAGAGAAACAAAACAAAUUGACUGCUGAUCAGCUUUACAAAGUAGAAACUUCUAGUAUUUAUAAAGAUAAAUGCAAACCAGAAUCCAAAAAUAAUAUUCAAGUGAGCAACGAAACUGGAUUCAGUACUACCAAGGUGAAUGACCUUGAGUUUGGUGAUGUAGAUGAUGUAGACUUGGAUAGCAUCCCCAUCAAGUCUCCUGUUGGUCUCACAAUGAAACCUGAAAAACUUGUGAAAUUAUCAUCUUCUCCAUUAGACCUCCGAACUGCCAUGGCUUUAAAAACAAUAGUUCUUGGUUCAUCUACACAAGUGUUUAUAGAUGAAUGGCUGAAACAGAGUUUAACUUUUUCUGAACGUCCUGAUAUUAAGUAUGGCCUUGUGCAAAAGAAAGGUGGUCCAUGUGGUGUAUUAGCUGCUAUUCAGGCCAAUUUUCUACAAGAGUUGUUGUUUGGUGAAAAUAGAUUGCCACAUGUUUUUAAAAAUCCUAGCAGGACAGAUAGAUCAAAGCUACUUGCGAUUGCUUUAAGUCACAUAUUUUGGCGAGCAGGAAACAUGUCAUCUGCUGUUGUUACUUUACCCUCAGAGACAACUCAUUUGAUUAACAGCUCAAAAUUUAAACAAGAUGGUAUUACAGAAAGGUUGUCAGUCUAUACAUUCUCAAGUUUCACAACACUUUCAGACUUCAUGAUCCAGUCCAUCUCAGAGUUUGAAAGAGAAGGCAGUCCUGGUGUAGUCCUGACUAUGUAUUCAGCCAUCCUUUCAAGAAAAGUACAUUUAACAAGAGCUGACUUUGAUGAUCCUGAUCAUAGCACACUUAUUGGGAAUCAUGGCUACUGUACUCAGGAACUUGUUAAUCUUCUGCUUACUGGUCAAGCUGUGUCCAAUGUGUUUAAUGACAUCAAACAGUUGGAUGGCUGUGGUAUAGGAGAUACUAUUAUUCUAAAAGGGCUUUCUAAGAGAUCAGACUUAGGUUUCCUAACACUUAUGGAACAUUAUCAGUCAUGUGAAGUUGGAACAUUUUAUAAAACUCCUAAAAAUCCCAUUUGGGUUAUCUGUAGUGAAAGCCAUUUUAGUGUUAUGUUUGCUACAAAACAAGAAUUGGUUAGUGACUGGAGAGCAGAAAGAAUUUUUGAUCUGUACUAUUAUGAUGGUCUGGCAAAUCAACAAGAGGAAAUCAGACUUACAAUAAACACAUUAAACCCUUCUUUUAAAGCACCAAAAGGAAAUGAAGAUGAACUUGUUCCGCCUUUGGAACACUGCAUAAGAACUAAGUGGACUGAUGCUGAGAUAGACUGGAAUGGAUCUGAACCAAUUUUAUAAACUGUGAUAAACCUUUCACAUAUUUGUGCUAAGGUAUUUAAAAAAAGUAGAUGUAUUUUUUAAACAAAAUAAAUGUUUACAAUCAGUUUUUAUGAAAAGCCUUUUGGUAGAUAUUUUUUAAAAUUUAACUCAAGAAAUUUUCUCUUGGCUGAGUGAUAAAUCAAGUCUUGUUUAAUAUCAGUGAAGAAUGGCUAUGUCACCAGAUAAACUGUUGGACUCUGCAACAGGUGAACUUUACAUCACCUGUCCCAUAAACUCUUUCUGAAAAGAACUAAUAUAUAAUUUUUUUUUUAUGAAAACUGGUCAACUUUGAAACUUUUUAUACAUGUCAUGAUUUGUUAAGUACAUUUUUACUUCACAUUUUAUUUAGAUGAUGUUCAAAGAACAUAACUAUGCAAAUAAAUUCACCUGUGUCUUUGAAUUUUAA